CAAUCUCCAGCCCACAUCCUACCCACACAUGUCGCACCAUCCGCACGCCGCUGUCGCACCGCCGUCCGAGGUGGUUGUCAUUCUCGAUGCCGGUGCCCAGUAUGGCAAGGUGAUUGAUCGCAAGGUCCGCGAGCUCAACGUCGCCACCGAGCUGCUCCCGCUCAACACACCGAUCGACGUCCUCAAGGCCGGCAACUACAAAGCUGUCAUCAUCUCGGGUGGACCAAGCUCAGUGUACUCGGAGAACGCACCAAAGUACGAUCCCGCGCUGCUGGACAUUGGCAUCCCGCUCUUGGGCAUCUGCUACGGCAUGCAGCUCUGCAACCUGCACUUUGGCGGCACCGUCGUGCGGAAGGAGCAGCGCGAGGACGGUCAGGACGAGAUUCUCGUCGAGACGGACUCGCCCUUGUUCAAGAACCUCGCUCGCGAGCAGCAGGUCCUGCUGACCCAUGGAGAUUCAAUCGAUCAGGUGGCGCCGGGCUUCCGUGUCUCUGCGCGCUCGGGCGUGCUCGUGUCGGCCAUCGAAGACCCCAAGCGUCGCAUCUAUGGCGUCCAGUUCCACCCCGAAGUCGAACUCAGCACCAACGGCAAGGAGAUGAUUCGCAACUUUUUGUUCGAGUGCGCCGGCUGCACUGGCUCGUACACGAUCGAGGACCGCGAGGAUGUCUGCAUCAAGGAAAUCCAGUCGCUCGUCGGCGACAAGAAGGUGCUCGUGCUUGUUUCGGGCGGCGUCGACUCGUCCGUCUGCGCUGCGCUGCUCACCAAGGCCAUCAACCCCGACCGAGUCGUUGCUCUGCACAUUGACAAUGGUUUUAUGCGCCAAGACGAGUCCAAGCUCGUCUCUGUCUCGCUCGGCCACCUCGGCCUCAACCUGCGUGUGGUCGAUGCUUCCGAGACCUUCUACAAUGCCACCACCACCAUCACUGCCCGCGAUCGCGUCACCAAGUACGAGACCAAGAAACUCAAGGAGACCACUGCUCCCGAGGAGAAGCGCAAGAUUGUCGGCGACACGUUCAUGCGAGUCGCUGAAACAGCCGUCAAGGACCUCAACCUCCGCCCAGAAGACGUCUAUCUCGCCCAGGGCACCUUGAGGCCGGAUCUCAUCGAGAGCGCUUCGUCGCUCGCCUCGAGUGCCGCUGACGCCAUCAAGACACACCACAACGACACCGAGCUCGUGCGCGAGUUGCGCAAGCUUGGUCGUGUGAUUGAGCCGCUCAAGGACUACCACAAGGACGAGGUGCGCGAGCUUGGCAAAAAGCUCGGUCUGCCCACCGAAAUGGUGAUGCGACAGCCCUUCCCCGGGCCUGGCCUUGUGGUGCGCAUUUUGUGCACGGAAAAGCCGUUUAUUGAUGCCUCGUUUGACGCCACCAACCAACUGUUGAAGGACAUUGUCAACACUCGCGCCAUCUCGUCAGACCGCCAGGCAGUGCGCGACCGCAUUGUCAGCUCCAUCAACGGCGAUCCAUCCUGGCUUCACGAGGAUCACGGCCUCUCCGUCACGCUGCUGCCCGUCAUGACGGUCGGCGUCCAAGGCGAUGGUCGCACGUACAGCUACAUUGCCGCGCUCUCGCUGGCCAAGCCUGCGUCGGGUGCUGCCGACUGGAAGAAGCUCUUUGCAUUUGCCAAGCUCAUUCCCAAGGUGUGCCACAACAUCAACCGUGUCGUGUACGUGUUUGGCGAGCCUGUGGACAGGCCCAUUCGCCGCAUCUCGGUGACCCACCUCACACCCGACGUUGUCGACCAGCUUCGCGCAGCUGAUGCUGUUGUCAACCGCCAUCUGCUCGAGGCCAACUUGGUGACCGCCUUGAGCCAAGUCCCUGUGAUUGUCUUCCCCGUGGACUUUGAGGACGGCAAGGGCUCGCCUGGACUCGCAUCAGAGGAAGGCGCCGUCAUCUCGCCCCGACGCUCAAUCGCCAUCCGCACGUUCAUCACCAACGACUUUAUGACUGGCGUUCCAGCGGUACCCGGUCGCGACAUUCCCGAAGACGUGCUGUCCAAGAUGGUGGCCGAGGUUCUCGCCGCGACUCCCAACAUUUCGCGCGUCGUGUACGAUCUUACCUCCAAGCCACCAGGCACCACCGAGUGGGAAUAACUCACCGGGAUUGAAUGUCUAGUGUGUGCGUGUGCGUGUGUGUAUGAAGGGUUUUCUUGUUGUUUCAGUGAACACGAUUCAAAUCAAAGCCAACGAUUGCAGCGCCA